AUGAAGGCGACUGUUAUUGGUGGUAAAAUACAAUUUUAUGGUUUUUCCUCUUUUGCAGCUGGUAUCCUGGUUAUAAGUUUGGUGGGCUUCACCACAGGAAAUUCUUGUGGUUGCACUGAUCCAACGACAACCACAUGUGCACCACCGACAACAACAUGUGCUCCACCAACAACAACAUGUGCACCAACGACAACGACAACGACAACGACUACAACUUGUGCUCCACCAACUACAACUUGUGCCCCAACAACAACCACAACAACGACUAAAAGAACAACAACUUGUGCACCAACAACCACAACAACUACCACCAAGAGGACAACAACUUGUGCCCCGACGACUACAACAACCACUUGUGCCCCAACGACUACAACAACCACUUGUGCUCCAACAACAACAACAACCACAACAACAACAACAACAACAACAACGACAACAACAACCACCUGUGCUCCACCUACAACUACACCAACAACUACAAGACCACCAACAACUACACCAACAACUACAAGACCCACAACAACCCCUUGUGCGACAACAACCACCACCAAAAGGACAACAACUGCGGCUCCAACUACCACUCGCAAAACCACUGAAAGGACCACACGAAGGACCACUCAAAGGACCACACGAAGGACCACACGAAAGUCCACUUGUAGAACCACCCGAAGGACAACCACUCGCCCACCCAAACAUGGUUGUGGUUGCGGUCCAGGGGGUAAGAAAUGCAGUGGUUGUCCUGAGCAGGAUCAACUCUGCCAGGAGCUCCUCAAUAUCAUUCGCAAUUUGGAUCGCAGGAUCCGCCAAUGCGUGUGCGGUCAAAAGGAGUGGCAGUUGUAAGCCCUCUUCCCAGCAUAAACAUGAUCUACUACGAUCCUAUUCGAUCCCAUAUGACUCAUUGUUCCACUGCCACCAAACAAGGACUACGAUUUGGACCACAUCAUUACAGUAGAUACUUAUAACUUUAUAUUUAUUGCAUCUUGUUGUUAAUUUGUUGAAUUUUGAUAAUUAAAUAAAUGUGUAACUUAGUAAUCAUUUAAUACAAUAAAAAAGAAGGUUUAUAAAAAACCAUCUCAUCCGCCAUUACUUUCAAUAAAUAUAAAACCAAUUUUUUAUUUAGUUAGCAAGGAGUUUGUAUUUUAAGCAAAGCCUUUCUAGACAAAGAACGUGUAAUUAUCAAGUUUAAAUACUUUCACGUGCCAUAAUCUAAUUUCCCCUUUGAAAGCAUGAAAAAAACAAUGCUUAUCAAAACUAAGAAUCAACAACAGGCCUUUUCAUAUUUGUUUUCCUCUAUGUAUUUUUUAUGCAAAGAGCUCUUAAAAAAGUGCGUAGCUCAUGAAUGCUCGGCUCGUGCUCAUGGGCAUAACCAACUUUAAACAAAUUUAUCAGUCGACCGGAGCGCGACUCUUUAGGCAUUUAAACAAAUGAACUUAGUUGUGAUUAUAAUUAUGCCACCCACCGCCCCCCCGUUGUUCCCGCAUGAUAUCGGUGAAGCGUGCUGAUAAAACUCGAAAUGCCUAAGCAAAACACAUAUGCAUUCGACUAUAUAGUCAUUCGCUUGUGUACACGGGGAUAUCAGACAAUUGUGCGCAUUUGUUUUCCAUUACAUAUUUGCUGGGAGGCGGCGAGCCGUUUCCCCCACAGGUAGCCCCCAUUAAACUUCCCAGUUCGGUUGAUGUGGUUGUUGUUCUGCCAGAUAACGAGAAUCCACCCGCAUUAAGGCCCCAGAUGGAGUGCUUUUUUAAACUGGGUUUGCUGGCUCUGGCACUCUAAGUAAUAGUUUUUCCAUCAAGUGCCAAAUAAUGCCAAGGACCUCCCCCUCAUUUCCUAUCGAUCUGCGGUACCUUUCGCUUUUUGUCGCCCCAAAUUUGCGUGUCAGGUCAGAGGCGCCGUGGAAAAGGUCGUCCUAAAUGGUUUGUGCUCGAGUCUCAAUUUAAAUGCCCUGCGAUGGCUUACUGAGAUUGGGGGAACUCAAGGCGAGGCUAAAACCCUGUAAUCGGACAAAUUGCAAGGCACUUAUUUCAGGGCAAAUGUAGCCUUAAAUAUUUAGCCUUCCUUCAAACGAACAUAUAUACAUAUAUGUAUAAAAUUAGAAUAAAUUAGAAACUCAAUAAAAGCAUAAAAAUAAAGAAGCUACA